AUGGCCUAACGCUAACUGUCCUGUAGAGGCUGAUGUCAAGCCAAGUUUGUCACACUUAGAUAUUGAAUCACUACAGUGAACAAGGCUUAAUUUUUCUUAUUCAUUGGUGUCAUCUGUAAACAUGAAUUUGUUGUGUUCUGUGAAUUAAAAAAUAAAUAAUCUCACUUAAAAUGUCAAGAAUAGUAUGAAAUGUUACUGUUUUGCAUUUUCUAUUGAAAAUCUUAUAAAACAAACCAAACUUAAAAAGAAACAUCAUGAUUUAAACGUAUUCAUUUACCAUAUUUGUUUUUGUGGCACUGUUGCAAUACUUUGAAAAUUGAUCAUCAAACACAGGCACUUUUUUUCUCACCCAUAUUAAAGUCCUGUCUGAAUGGGGACAAAAAAUGCGGUCUUGCAACGGCAGUCUUCUCAAAAGGAUUGUUUUUCAUUCUUCAGCAUCUUUUCUUAACAUCAGCCAGAUUCUUUUAGGAACAAGGAAGAGAUGAAAACAAUGAGGCCUAUGGGAGAGACUAAAGUUACCAAAGACCACUUAUAAAUUGAUCUUUGCUUUAGUUGCACUGUUCAGUUCACAUGUGCUUCAACCAGAUGAUGGGUCAAAAGUUCUUCCAAAUUAUGAUAAGAAUAAUUACAGGAGUCCUGGUCUCAUUAGCCUUCUCAUCUGGGAUGACUAUCGACCGAAGGGGGUUCCUGGUACCUCCACCCCCUGGCUCUCCUGAUAGCCCCAUUCCUCCUGAUGACUAUUUUGAUGACUCUGCUGCAAUUAACAACCACAUACCUAUGUUUUCCUAUGAUAAUUACCCUAUAGCAAAAGGAGGCAAUCCCAUGGCCAGAGGAGAUCAGAAUAUGCAAUAUGACAACUCAUUUAAUGGAUAUCCCUUACCCAUGUUACCCAUCCCACCUGAUAGGUAUCCCAUUCUAUCAAAACCUCUGUUUGGGAACACAACUCAAGGAUCUCGCACAGUGCCUACGGGACAAAAGCCAGACCUUUCAUACUGUGACAUGCUUCUUGAGGCACCAGUGCCUCCACCUGUAGAUCAAACACCCUGGUUCUGUGUUUGCUCACAUUGUAAAGGGGGUCCCAGUGGUCCAAAGGGGGACAAAGGAGAUAGGGGACUGCAAGGUCUUCCCGGUAGUUCAGGAUUAAGAGGCUUGCCAGGAUUUCAAGGUUAUCCAGGGUUUAAUGGUCAUCAAGGACCAAAGGGCCAAAUAGGUGAUAUUGGUGAAAAAGGAGAUCUGGGUCCACUUGGCUUUACAGGACUCAAAGGACAAAGAAGCCCCAGGGGUGAUAAAGGGGACAGUGGUGCGGUUGGAAAUCCAGGACAGCAGGGCUCUCCUGGUGAGUCAGGACAGUGCCCAGCAAUUUGUUACUCAAUCCAGGGACCUCCAGGAGAACUUGGCCAACCUGGUAUGACAGGGGAAAAGGGACUUCCAGGGUUGGGAGGAAGUCCGGGGUCGAAAGGUCACAAGGGAGAUUUGGGGGAUCUUGGUCCAAAUGGAGCUCCAGGUUUAAAUGGCCAGAAAGGAGAUCAGGGAGAAACGGGUGAGUGUCACUGCAAGGAUGGGGUAGACGGUGCAAAUGGAAUGAUCGGCAUUCCAGGACUAAAAGGUGGCAAAGGGGACACUGGCCAACAAGGUGCAGCAGGGGUAAAUGGAGACAAGGGGAAAAAGGGGGAUCCUGGGGUAAUAGGUGCUCCUGGCCCUUGCUCUCAACCAAUUCAGUCUGCUUUUUUAGCAGCACUAAGCAGCAGUUACCCACAGCCAAAUUUGCCAGUUCCUUUUACUAAUGUCUUUUACAACAGAGAAUUUAAUUUUGACCCCUUCAGAGGCAUCUACAGGGCUCCCAUCAAUGGUACGUACGUCAUUAACUACUACUUGGUUGUCUUCAGUAAACUGCUCAAGGUGGGGCUCUUCCACAACUUCAGACCUGUCCUCAAAAGUACAGGGUCAACAGAUCUUGGAACAACUUCUCAACAGGUGGUCCUGCAUCUUAACAUGGGUGAUGAAGUUUGGCUACAGGUGAGAGAUGCCGAUUCCAAUGGGAUGUAUUCCAAUAGUGAGUGCAGCAGUACCUUCUCUGGCUUCCUGCUCUACCCAGACAGCUGUGAUAUUCCAAUGUCACGGGAUUUACCAGAUCCUAUAACUGGAACAUACAGCUGGGGUGAAUUAGAGGAAACUGCUACCAGUCUUGCUCCAGAUGUCCAGUCUUGAUGUAACCCAGGCCCAAACACCUCCCUAUAUUUGGUAAAUUCUAAGUAAACUGAAUAUAGUAAGAGUUAUAUAGACAGUCACAUGUUUAGUCCAGAAAGGGAUAGUUCACCCAAAAAUGAAAAUUGUGUCAUCAUUUAUGACGCUAUACCUCAGCCUUUUAAACAGAUGCCUUUUUUAUUUUCUCACCAUUUAUAAGGACCAGGCAACUGUGAAUCUAUUUCCUUUUUGGUGGAUUUUGUAUAUUUUGUGACCUUUCUUCUGUUCCCGUGAACUCCCGUGAACGGCCCUUAUGUUGUUCCAAACCCAUAUGAGUUUCUUUCUUCUGCUGUACACAAGAAUAUAUUUUGAAGAAUGUCGAUAACCAGACAAUUGACAGUUGCCAUUGACUUCCAAAGUAUUCUUUUUCCUAUUCUUUUCCUGGUUACCAACAUAAGUUCAACAAGAAGAAAAAGAUUCAUACAAGUUUGGAACAACAUGACGGUGAGUAAAUUAUGACAAAAUAUAGAUUUUUGAGUGAACUAUCUAAGUAAAGCUUUUGAAAGGUAAGCUUAUUCUAAACAUUAAAGUAAUGUGCAUGUUAAAUUAUAUUAAAUGGAUACUACAUCUGUGCAGUGAAACUACAUUAUAUUUUUAUUAAAAUAUGUGGUUUAUAUAUGAGAGCAUUGCCUGCAUGUGCUACCUCACAUUUUCAACAUGUAUCAUUGUGAAAGAAAAAAAAUCCUUUUGUACGAGUGUCUCCUGUUGACCUGCUCAUGCAAUCCUCAUAAUGUUGAAUUACGUCUGCUGAAAGGACAGCAAAAUUUAGGCAAAUUGUUUUCUAAGCAUAUAUGAGCAGAUGCAUCUUUUUAAUUAAUUUUACUUAUGUAUAAUUAAAAUUAUAUUAAUACUAUUAGUUAUGAUUUUUUUGCAUAAUGCACGAGUGAGAGAGGAUAAAGCCCAAUGCUCAAUGUACUUUAUCAGAAAGAUAGAGUAAUAAACAAAUGUUCUAGAUGAGCUGCUCAACUGCAGUUGUUUGCUUAAAGCCACACUAUGCACUCUCUGAUUUUUUUGCAAAACAGUGAGCUCUAGAGCCGCUGUGGUGUAUUUGCAACUGUCGUAAAUAACCGUUAUUCCCCUGUUACUGCAUACCUACUGAACUACUGUCAAGUUUUAGACUACUUUAUAAUAAUAAAGUUGCCUAUCGCGUUUGCUGGCUUAUAACGUUUUUACAUGAUUUCUGCUAAAUCACAAGUAAAUAAGCUAUAGUGUAGGAGUAUUAUUUCAUUUGUGUUUUUUGAUUUUAAUGUAAACAUUACAAAAUGUCAGAUGAAAUCAAUAAAGUUAAAUGUACGUCGCAUUGUUUCAUAACAUUGGCCGUUAUGAUUUCAUUAGACAUGAUUGACAAAAUAGUUAGCAAAUUGUGUUCAAUUACACUAUUUACAACCUCUAGGCUUAUAUAUGUCCUAAUAAUUAUGUAAGAUAUUGACUAUGUUCUCAUGAUAAUUACAGUUGGGAAGUGCACUGUUAGUCAGAUAAAGUUUAUAUAACAGUAAUUUACGGCGCCAUAAGAAUCAGACACAGGACUAACGUUACGUUAUACACAUCACAACACCUGAGUUCAGCUGGCAAACUAGCUCAGUCUUGUGGCAACCUCGGCAAUAAAACAUAACGAAAAAAAAACAACAAAACUAAGAGAAACAACUGUUUGUUAGGAAGUUAUUGAACUGGUCUAAUUAUCAACAACGGAUGAAUGAACAGCACCAUAAAA